UCAUCCUUCCUCUGUUGCUGCUUCUUCCGUGUUCAUUUAUGUCUAUUAAUCCAUUCCCCUCAUCUUUGAAGAGCUCCGUGGGCAGCAAGAGCACUACUGUCGGGUGCGGGACCGGUGGCGGCCGCGAGGGCGGCUCCUUCAACCACCAUGACGAGCGGCUUGGAACCCUCUGCUCCUCCUGGGUCAGCCGCCUGCACCCGAGGCGCGCCGCGCCGCCGCCACCCGCCAGGAGGAAGCUCCCGUUUACCGAGGACCCUGGCGCCCCCAUCAACGUUGGGGACGGCAGCGGCGUCGUCAGCUACAACAAACACACUACCUCCACCGACGAGUCCCGCACCCCGGCCUCGAUUUCCACCCUCCACUCGUCCUUCUUUGCCCGCCGCUACCCCAGUCCGUUCGAGCGGAGUCCCGCCGGCGUGAUCCCGCCUCGGAUCGCGUACUACGACGGAGGAGACCGGUCUGUCAGUGGCUUCGGUCCCUAUCGGAUUAGGUCAAGAAGUGCUCCGAUUCGUCGGAGAGGACAGCGGGGCGGCCGAGAGGCUGGUGAUGAGAGAAAUCUUGGAAGGAGAGAUCAUGGCGAGGGUGGUGGUUUUUGUCCUCCGUUUCGGAGGAUGCCUCGCCUCGGGGAAGAAUCGGAUGGGGAGAGGGGAAUACUCGGUUCUUGUCUCGGACGGCAGCUCGGCUCUGUUCAUGCUGAGAUAAAAGUGGAUCAGGGGAAUGUGUUCUUUCCGUCGAGGAGAACGUCUGAUGUCCACAAUCAGGUGAAAUUAUCUCCAUUCUUUCAGUUCCGGUCAUCGUUUUACUCCGAUUGCUCGAUUGAUAGGAGCAAAGGAACAAUGGCACAUCCGAUGGAUGGUGGAAACACCAAAAUUUUGGAUAAUCGAAAUCAAAUGAGACCCCCAAGUAAUGAAAAUUGGCAUCCUCCAUUGCCUAUAUCUUGUUUUCCGUCACGGGAAGUGGUUGAUGAUUUUUCAUCAUCGAGAUCGUAUGAGGAACACAUACCUGUUGAUCCAUGGUGUGCCAGUGAUUCUGUUCAGCAGGUAUCAAGAAGCAGAGGUGCUCAUCUUCGUGAUGGUGCUGAUGCUGCUGCUCCAGUUAGAACAUCAUAUGACCCCGUCGGGUUGCAUCAGACUACGACAACAAACCUUCUUGGGGAAGCUACCGUUUGCAUGAAUGAGCCAAAAGAACGUUUUUCAUUCUGGAAUAUCGGGAGAUUCGAGCGAAGAAACACCGGCUCUUCUGUCUCUCCAACCAUUACUUUGGCGAGCAAUGCGAACGUGAAGAGAAGUGCAAAGUUCGAUGAAUCAAUUCCUCCAAAGUAUAGAAAGCUGGGUAAUAAAGAUUAGUGUUCCGGUGUCGGGUGACAGUGUGCUUGCUAUAUUUCAAAAUGCAUGGAAUGGAACUUAUGAUGCAUCAUAGUUGAAUAAUCCAUGACCAAGUACCAUCAAGAAGAUGCAUCAUCUCUGUGGAGGAUCCUAUCGAGCAUACGACGACGGUACUGCUUAUGGGCUUUAUAUGAUCUCACGGAUCUCAUUCCGAAAUGAUUUCUGCAGCUCAUCUUUGUCAAUCUGUGGACGUUUUGUAGUAGUAACCAUAAGAUGAUGCAGUGUUUGCGAUUGCAUCAGAUGUAAAUUAAGCGACGUUUUACGUCGGCUUGUGUGAAUGAACUUGUAAUUUUACU